AGAUCAGAGUUGUUAAUAAAUUUGUAAACAAAUUGUUAUAAUUUAGUAUUUAUUUUGCUCAUAUAAUGGAUUGGAAUAGGUUUUGUAAAGAACUUUUAGGUCUAAAAGAAAAGUUGAAGUGUCCUAUAUGUCUUGAUAUAGUAGGAGAAUGCGCCCAAUUGGAAUGUUCCCAUAGGCUUUGUUCAAACUGUUUUAGUAACCUUAGAUCUAGUAAUCAAAAAGUAUGUCCUUUAUGUAAAGCUGUAAUAACUAGAAGAUUUGUGCCUUAUAAAGAUGUGUUUGCUGACAAAAUUGCAAAUUUUGUUUCCAUAGCUUGUAGGGACAUAGAAGGAAAGGAAGGCUUUUCGAUAGAACAAAUAGUCCACCAGAAUAAAGAAUCUGAAAAAAUCCAAAAAACCAACUUACCAUCUACUUCCAAACAAAAAAACAAUGAUAAAUGUUUAAAUGUAAUUCUGAAAAAAGAAAAUAUAAAUAAAAGUAAAUGUAAUUCAGAAGGAAGAAAGAACAAGCAAAAUCAAAGCAACAAGAACCACAAAAUAGAAUUAUUGUCUAAAAAUGUUGAUAAGGAAAUUAAAAACAAACCAGACGAAGAGAAAUCUAAAAAAUCUUUACUGCAAGUUCAAAAGGAACAGGCGUCGCAAGUGUCGCUAUCAAAGGAAGAUGCUUUUGAUAGAUUGCUAAAGCGAUCGCAAGAGUUUUUGGUAAACAAAAAGGGUUCCAAGCACAAGUACACCGGGAAGAAAAAACAUAAAGAUGAAGAAUAUCAGAUUUUGGAUUUUCAUGAUGAUUCCAAUAAAAAUGAUGUUCUGCAUUGGUUGAAUGAUAAUAGAAAUAAAUUUGAUAGAUUAACACAAACACAGGUCAGUAUGGAACGCAUAGAUUACGACACUGGUGAUAUACCCAACAUAGAUCUUACAUCAGUCUCUCAAAUAAAUCGAAAGAGGCAAAUAAAGGUGCCUGUUCGUCCAGUUAGAAGAGGCAGAGCUAGAUCCCUUUCAUUAGAAGUUAAACUUAAACGAGAAAAAUCUCGUCUAUCAGAUGGUAGUAUUUUGGGUGUUGAAAAUUACACAAUUGAAGACAACACCGAAGAAUAUGUCAUUAAAAAAGCUGAAGAGAAUGUGAUAAUGCACAUCAUGGAAGACGAAUACCUCAACAAAAUGGAAAAGGACUUUAUAAAAAAGUCAGCUCCGCCAAAAGAACAACAAACGACUCAGAGUUCGACUACUGGUUGGGAAAGGAUAGAAAAAAUAACGAAGACGUUGAGGAAAAAAGAAAAAGUUCCUAAAAAACUAAAUGUGUCUGUGCAACAGACGCAAACUACGCGUGGAAGGAAAAUGCUUGAUAAAGUGUUAAGUGAGCGAGAUAUUAAAAAACAGUCAAACCCCAUGAAGGAUGAUGUCAAUAAUCCAAAUUGUAGUACAGACGAAAGCGAUGACGUUAUAAGAAAAACAACUAGGCAGCGUAGUACAAGAUCUCGCAAAUCUGCGAAUACUCGCAAAUCUGGAGGAACAGAAAAUCAAAGUCUUGACAAAGGAUCAAUCCGUGCUACUGAGGCAGACAACGAAAAAGACAAGGAUCUACAUCGCAUUGAAAUCAAAGCAGUUAUCCAUAAAAGUGCUGAUACAAACCAAAUUGAUAAUAUGAAAGUAAAAGAGAUUACAGAGAAUUCUAAAGAAAGCAUAGAUCCUAAACAGAAAUCUCCAAAAAAAUUAUACGAUCUGAAAGAUUUUGAGCAAUAUGCACAAACCAACAUUAAAAGAGUACCUGACAGUCUCAACGAAACAACAUCAUCACAUAACUCUGACAAGGAAAAUAUGUUAAACGCUGCUAACGCACCCAAACAGAUCGUUAUAUUAGAUAAUGUUUUAAUUAAACAACCGCAAGAGGACAAUCCCUACUUACUGCCAACACAAAAAAUAAAUAUUUCUGACCAUAAUGAAACAUGUAUGGAUAUAGACCAUGAUAUAAAUUUGGACAAAGAAGCAAGAAACGAUUCAGUUGAACAGAAUGAAUCAUUUCACGAGUUUAACGAUUUUAGCGAGGGUAUGAAUAAGCUAUUAAAAAACCUGGAGAUGUAUUCAGAAAAUCUUAAUAAAAACAAACAUAUAACUAAAAGACAAAUCGAGAAUAUACAAAAAUAUUUAGAAAAACUAAAUAUAAUUCAUAAAAACAUGGAAAAGAAUGUUCCAGUUAUACCCGAACGUACAGAUCGGAAUGUUCAAACUGAGAAGAACGUUGUAGAAUGUGCAAUACAAACCGUGGACGAAAAGCAAACGCCAUCAAAUACAUUAUGCAAGAACUGCAAUAAAAAAACUAUCUCUAAGCUAAACAGUAGUUCCUCAAGUUCUAAAACGCGGUCCAGUUCGCGAAUAAACAGCGGAAAAAGUACUAAAGUAACGCCAAUUGACGACUUUGCCGGUACUCUGGUACUCAACUUUGAGACGCAAGAUAUAGAAAAACAAUUUGUAGACAAGAUUGAAGACAUGGCGAGUUCUACCAAAAUUAAAGAUAUCGAUGUUGUUACGGAAGCUGAAAAUCAGACGGAGGUUACGUCUAACCAAGGUGAUACAGUGGCGGAUCAAUCAAAAACAAAGAACAUUAGUAUCAGUGAACAAUUAGAAAAAGAAGAUAAUACUGUUCUCGUUUGUACGAUGAAGUCGGAAGGUCCUGACAGUAAAGGACACGUUAGUUUGAAACGAAAGUUAUCUGACAGCGAUAGCGAGAUUGUUGCGGUUCCCAAAAAGCGUUGCAAUAGGUUCAUACGUGAUGACCUGUCUGUAGAAUUUGGUAAUUCGGAAAAUCCAAAUAAUUACACAAAUAACAAGAAAAGUAGUUUCCCUGGUGAAAUAUCAUCACCCGAAACCAAUGAGGAUGACGAUGAGUAUCUCAACAAGCUUUUGAAAAAGUACGAAACUGGUGUAGCGGAAUCCGACUCUUCACCGCCGUCCGAUAAAGAAAACGUGAAUAGGGAAUUAGAAGAAAUGAAUAUGGAUUUUGAAAACCUUAUAGCUCGCUUAAACAGAAACGUGGAGACGUUACCCAAAACCAAAGAAGGAACAGAAUCACAACGUUCAAAAACUGUUUUAGAUAACGAUAACUUACUUCUAAAUCACCAAAGCCUUCCAAAAUUAGACAGCGACGUACAAUACAAAGAAUCAGAAAAUUCUGAUAUCAUUCCAGAAACUGAAACUAUGGAACCUUUACCGAAGAAAACGAAAAGAAGAUUAAACGAUGUGUUUAUAAAAGAAAAUUCAGAAGAAAAACCUUUGCAUAAAGAAAAUACAAUCGUUUCAAAGACCAGUAAAGAAACCUUCUGUCAUGAAUUGGAAGAUAGCUUUGAUGGUGUCGAUUUUGCGAAUAUAAAUAUUGAAGAAGCUGUUAAUGAUGUUAAUAACACUAAGAAUUGUAAAGAGAACGAAGAAGAUUUGUUUUCCGAUGAUGAUAUUGUAGAGACAACACCGCAGAAAGAAGUGGAGGUUACCGAAAAAAGGUCUCAGCUUUUCAAUAUGACAUCAAAUCGUUCUAUAUUUCCCGUAUUGGAUGAAGUCGAUAAGGAAAUUAUCGAUAAUUUCGAUGUAAACUUCGUUACCCUAUCACCACCUCCUGGUUUUGAGGACGAAAAGGAUGCUACGAAUCCAGAAGAUGUUACAAUGAUAAAUACGGAAGCUCCGCAGAUGCCCGUAGAGGAGAAUCGAGAACCUAGGACCCCUGAUAUCUUAAGUGAGGAGAGAGCUAUCAAGAAUACUACACCGCCUAACAAUCGGACUGGUUUUGGUUCGUUAGAUGUCAGUAUUAAGAAAUUAUCACAUAGUACUCCACUCACCCAAAACAACAUGUCUAGGCAUACUUUAGGUAUUUCGCCAAUUGUUCAGGAAAAGAGUUUGUUUGAAAAAGCCUAUUCCAGUAACACUCUCACUUCUAGUGCAAUACGGGAUACGCCCAAAAAGAAGAACCUCCUCACCAGUCUUCCUAACCAGAAGAGCAUUUUGAAUUAUGUUAGAUCAUCUCAAGAACCUAGUAUGAACGUUGCUCCAAAGCAAAAACCUUGUCUAGCGUGUACUAGAUUAAACAAAAUCCAAACCCAGAGUAUUUCUUUACUGACCAAUAAGAAGUUAGCCACAUACAGUGCUAAAUUUAACGAUUCCGUAACACAUAUGAUCGUUACUUUGGACGAAAGCAAAAGGAUAAAGGAUUAUACUAUGAAGUUUGUGUCGGCAGUAGCAUCUGGCAUUUGGGUUCUUGGAUUUGAAUGGGUACAAGAAUGUCUUAAAACCAACAGUAUUGUUCCAGAGGAAGCUUAUGAAGCAUUAGACGAUUCUGGGGGUACAGGACCAAAAACAGCAAGAUUGUCUAGAAUAAAAACUCCUUUGUUUAAAGGAUUUAAAUUUUACUGCGUCAACCCUCUCUAUUCCACAUCAGUUGAAGAAAUCGAGGAUGUCAUUACAAAGCUUGGUGGUAUAACAGUUAAAAAUUUGGAAAACCUUCAAGAAAAUGAUGGAAGAAUAGGACUUAUUAUUACAGAGGGUAGAUCGACGCAAGAUUUCGAAAUUUAUGAAAGAUGGUUAGAAAAAUACAAAAUCGUAACAGUUGAUAUCGAAUGGUUAAGUAGAUCAGUGGGAAGAUACAAAGUAAUUAGCGUCCGGCCGUACAUAUGGUGUUCGGAUGAUUUACUUGAUGAUAUUGGCUAUCCCUCGUAUCUCACCGAGCAAACAAACUCAUUUUUAAGUUUACAGGAUUAAUUCGAAAAUAUAUAUUAUGUAUUUUGUUAUAAUUUGUUGGUUUAUUUGAUAUAUUUUUUCUAUUUUCCUAAAUAAAAUAAGUAUACACA